AUGACGUCCCGAUUCAAGCAGUUUUUGGUGACAGACAGCGACGAGGACACCACUCUCAGGGACGCUCAGGAGAUCCUCCCGCAGCCCAGCACCGAGGCAGAAACUGCACAGACAGCUCCACAAACGUCUGUGACGCUGAAUCCAGCCAGUCAGAAUGCUUUUUCCGGCACGCAGGUUUCGGUAGAGACGCCUGCUUUGUAUGAGGCGGCUGCGCCAGUGGGGACGGCAACACACAUCUCAUUACACACGGCGACACCGCUCAGCCGGAGCGUCGCGUCCUCAACGCAUUUCGUGGAGGAGUCGGUAUCGCAUGGCGUUGAUGGUGGUGGCAACCCCGCCGACCUUACGGUCGGCACCUCCAUUUCUUUUCAGGAAAGUCCCAUCCCACGUGGUGGUGCGGAACAGGUCAGCGCCUCGCCACAGAGUAUCAACUUCAGUGCUGCGGCCUUCUCUCCGCUUCUGUCAGUGCGGAGCGAUUCGAUGAGUGCGAGGCCGGCGCCGAAGAUGCCAAGCCGCGCGGACUCUGGGUAUGCUUUCAACGCUUCUCGCACCUUAGCUGCGGAUGCCAACAUGUCAGCACCGCAAGAGGAGUCAGAAGAGCCAAAAGUUCGCGCUGAGGCUGAGCAGUCGCAGCGCUCCAAAUCACAGCUCUUCACCGCCACCACGGACGGCGUCACUCCGCGCGAGUCGGGUGCUUCUGCGGCGAGUGAUGACCAGGACAAAAAGGGUACGAAGGUGGUGGGGAGAAGAGUAGUGGAGCGCCGCAAGAAGGGCGCUGACCCUAGUGAUUCCGAGAAGUUGAUGCGAAUAGAUGAGCAGGUGAUUCGACCUGGACGCGCUAAUGGCGCUGCAUCGACUGCGGCGACGCCUGUUGAGAGUCCUCGGGCUCCGGGUGGCGAGUUGCGCAGGUUGCCACCGCGGGUCCCCACCACGCGUGCUGACAGCCGAGGAGUAUCCCCUCUCCUGCCUCGCAGGGCUCACAGCGCCAAAGACGCACAGCUGUCGACGCGCUCGCAUAAUACAAAUUCCAGCGUUGCCAACCCACUGUUGAUUCUCCAAUCGUCCCAGCUGCGCCGCUCUCCGCAGAUGCCGUCCCCAACCGCUCUUGACGAGACCUCACCAACCUUCACAGUGGACGAGAGCGGCCAGCGCGUAUCCAUAAGCCAGGACGACGGUCGCCAGACAUGGAUGCUGUGCAGCCCCCGCCGCGGCGACACCGCUGCUGCAUGUGCGCAGGAGGUCCCGCCACCUCCGCAGAAGCUGUCGCGGCGGGCACAGGACACACUAGCCCAGAAGCGACGCACCUUAGAGGUUGGUGUCAAGAAGCGCCGCAUCGAUAGCAAGGAGCACUGUGUGGAGCCUGAGAAGCGACUCAGCACCUCGCGACGCACACGAGGCUCCUUCGCUUUCCCUGCUGCUGCCUUUUACUCUGAUAAAGUGGCCCAUCAUCACUGUGAGAUAGCAAUUUGGCUGCAGGACAAUCAAUGGACCAAGUACGUAUAUGACGGCAUGGAGGUGUGCACGGAGGUACGUCGCGCCAGUGCCACCGUAACCAACCGCGAGGACACGGAGAAAGUGGUGCGCACGCUCCAGCCAGUGCAGGUGGAGCCCUCAGUCGGCGGCACGGGCAUGUGCAUGUGUGUCGUCUACGACUCAACGAAUGAGGACGAUGCUCUGCGUCGCUUGAUCGAUAGCAACUAUGCCCGUGAAGACGGUGUCCGCCGCUACUUGAACCUGCAGCCCAUGCAACUGGCCAACGUGGAGACGCACCAGAUGGUGGACCCACAGCUGGAGUCACCGGGACGCAGAUCCGUGUCACCUUCAGAGGCGCAGAGUGCGGUCGAACCGAUGCAGAGGAGCGCCACAGAACAGAGAGGCUUGGCGACGCUUGGUGGCCUGUGGUGCACGGUGGAGGCACUUGGAGAAGACGGUCGCCCUGCUGCGCGCAAGGGCAUGAGUGCGCCGCGGCGUAUUUUGCGCAUUUGCGGCGGGCAGGCUCUCAGCAUACAGCUCCACGUAGGCAGCGAUGAAAUGUUUGACGUGCGCUGCUACGAGCUACUUCUCUUCCCACGCGAGUCGCUUAGUCCGUCAGCGGUCAACUACGGUUCGGAGGGCCUUACUCUCGGCCAGGUCGUCGCACCGCCGGCGUCCUCCUUUCCGCUGACACCGCGCAUUAUCGAUGAUCCGGUGGUGCUGAGGGAGUACAAGAAGCGCUUACUGGCGACGAAGAGCCGCCAGGUCGCGCUUAUGAACUUUGAGGACGACUGCGCUACGUUUGCGACGGAGCCGACGUCCUCUGGCGAGUCUGGCAAGGCAGGGAGUAUCGCAGGACAGUAUCUCACCCUCACUACAGUGACCAUCAGCUCUCGACAGAAGUACACGAUUGAGCUGACACUAGUCAUGCUACCUUUCCGCACCGGUGGCAUCUUUGGUGGCAAGACAGUGGCGGAGGUGCCGCGUUUCUGUGCGACAACCGUGUUGUUGUACCGUCGCCUGCAGGGUCUCUCUCUCUCAUUUUCGACUAAGUCAGCCUUCAUGUCAGCCUACAAGGCGCUUCUGUGGGCCACGGAGUGCGACAUUGUGGACGUGCAGCACGUGGACGGCGAGGGUGGUGCCGUGUCCGGUGCGAGUUACUCGAAACUUCGCGUCUGCGCGACGACGUCGCCAAUGGUGCCGUGGGUGGCGUCGUUCGGCAAGAGCCUUCCUGGACAGCCGACAGAGAACACCUUCCACAGCAACUGCCUGGAUUUCUCGGCGUUAGCACUAGGGGCACCACCCGGUCCCGAUCAGGGAACUAACGUCGAUGAGCGCGACCCCCUCACGCUGGAGGAUUUUGUUAUCUUUGAGGGCGAGCACAGCGCCGAAGGGGACGACGACGACACUCAAAGCGGGCGGAUCGGCACGCCAGGACGACAACGGCGCCGCAGCUCCAUUUAUACAAGCACCCUCGGCCUGCCGAAGGCCGCCAACACCGAGGGUGGCAGUGCUCUUCACAGCGCCGACACCCUCGUUGGCCUCACCGCCUUCGGUGUGAUUCGACGGGCGGUGAGUCAAAAAACGUACGAGGUGUUCGACGUGCGGGUGAUGCCGCGCAACCGCGGCCGGAUGGCACCCACGACCUGGGACGGCACUGCGGUGACAGAGGAAGGUCGGGCGGCGGCGAAAAGGAAAACUGUGAAGACGCAAGAGGAGCGCCUCCUGCAGCAGGAUGCAGAGGCGGCUAUCAUGAUUGAAUACGUCUCUCGCCUACCUUUUCACUCCCGCGUGUAUGGCGUGCUGGUUGACGAUCAGCGCUACUACAUCUUCCAGGAGCCGUGGGUUUCGGCGUUGUCCCUGGAGGAGUCUAUGAAAGGCUCGCCCGAACACGACGCACUCAUGUCCAAUGAAAUGUUCAGAGAGAUGACGCGCACAACGGCCGUUAUGUCGCUCAAGGACUUUAUCCACGCUGUCCUGCACCCUGGCGUGUGCGAGUUGAGGCCAAAGGAGGAGGUGUGGCUGGAGAUUGCGCAAGUGCUCGCUGCCCAGCUGCUUCUUCUGGUGACAUCGCUGCACGGCAAGGGGAUGCUGCUAGGCCCGUGCCCACCGCAGCGCCUGCUUGUCCGUGUCGAGGAUCCCACCAAAGGCAGCCGCCAGGCCGAGGAAGAGAGCAAUGUGAGCACAGCAGAGAAAAAGAAAGCGACUCCGACGCCGAGUGUAACGUCGAGCAACAUCCAGCUCUUUGUGCCCGACAUCGGUGUCAACACUCUCGCCUGGGGCUACGAGCGUCAGCAGUGUGGCGUACUUGAGUACUUGCCGCCUAUGUACGUGCUGGAGCAGAUGCUUUGUGACUCUUUUGGGAGGGAGGAGCGGCCCUGGACGAUGCGCGAUGACUGGUGGACAUACCUGGUUCUCUGCUUUGAGUUGUUCGCCGGGGACGGUAGCGCGCUUGUGACCCCUGAAACGACUGCCGUUAUCCCCACUCCGACCCCAACACUCACCAAGUUCUUCUCUCCGGUUCACAUUCUCGACGUGUGGCAGAAGGUGAUCACGGACACGACCUCUGGUGCAUCGGGCACUGCAGCGAAAACGAUCGGGCUGCGCACGCGCCGCUACGUGCACCAGCGCGUGCUCAAGUCUGUGAGCCGCUUCAUCGACAGCUGGGUGGUGGCGAAGGCGGAGGAAAUGCAGUACUUUGGCACCACCGCUGCCGACCAUGGGCGCCGCAUCGUGCGCGCCGUGCCGCUGCUGCCCGCCGUGCAGAACAAGCCGAUUGGCGUCUCUCUCGCUGCUAUGUACCUAAAGUCCACCAAGGAGGUGAGCGACACCUCCAGUAUCGCCUUCCAGGGCGACAGCGACGAGGCCGGCGAUGGUGCUGUGGAGAACAUCUUGGUCAAUAUGCCGUGGAUUUUUCAGGUGCGCGACUUCUUUGACACAAUCCUCGACACCGUCUUUGCCCCAACCCCGUGCAGCGUGCACGGGCCGGCACUGCGACUGAUGUCGCACCCCUUCUUCCGUGGUGUCCAGCUGGCGAAGGUUUUUGACGGCUCACACAUCUAUUCCGCUGCCGUCGCGGACUACGCAGAGAAGCACCUCACCAAAAGCAAAGUUCAAGCGGCACUGCUGGACUAUCGGACGCGUACGUACCGCGGACUGUUGAGACUGCGAUCAGAAAUGCCCCUCAUGAUCACCGGUUCGACAUACAGCACCUCUGUCCGGACGAACACUGGAGCUCCACUGCGCAUCUUGUCCUCUCCGGCUUUCUGCGAAGAGCACGCUGUGUGCGAGAAUGAGGACUCACAAGCAAGACGGGGGGUGGAGGUCGACCCUGCUGAGGGACUUGUCUUUAGCCGCACGAACUCCACGGCACCCUCCGCCAUUCCGUCGCCGCGAUCGCAGUCCUCCGCCACUGGGAUGUGGGGCCAGCAGAGGCUGAAGGCGAUCUACGACCCGGCGGAGUGGCACUCUAUCGCGGCGCUGGAAACGGAGGUGCGAGGUGCGCUACACUUCUAUGGCCCUCGCGAGUCAGUCAGCCGCCGCCGCGCCCCUGCUGAGGCCGACUACCCAUCCAACCCGGUGAGUAUUAGCAACAGGCCGAUGCAACCGAUGCGGCGCCACAGCGAGUUGGUGCAGGCCGAGACCGCCUCUAUGACGCCAUCUGGUUGCCGUCGCAACCCUCGCGAGUACGAGCACGUGGUAGACUCGAAGGUGGCACGCGCACCCGCGGCGCAGCCACAGCGCUCCGCUCGCGGCAGUGCCAACAGCAGUUUCCGCAGUGAUGCGACCAUGACGACGUCGCGGUCUGCCUUUGGCCAGACAAACACCGCCCCGCUUGUGCAGCCGUUGAAGCUGGGGGCACGGCACGAUAGCCCCGCUGUCUCACGACGGGGCAGCCAGCGCGGCAGCAUUCCCGUGACGGCAGUGGACUCAGUGGGGCGUUUUCAAGAAGAGGGUACGCAAACCCCCCGUGCGCACCGCUACACCGACGCCAGCAAGUUUGAGCGUCGCCUCAACGACUUGGAGGUAAGACACCCUCACCAGCGCCGUAAUACCACUCUGUCUACGUCGUCGCAUCACAACAACGGCGAGGUCUCGACGGGGUACGACCCCGGGGCCUCUCAGCGCCAAGUGCAAUCUUCGAUGCACGGCUCACGUCCCUCCUCGCGGCAAGACGAGUGCAGUAAUCAGCGGUCGUGGCCUAACGAGUUCUUGGAUGCCGCGACAGUGCAGAAGAAGGGCCAACCUCACCGAUUCGCCGACCAGAAAGGCUCCAUGAUGAACCGCACGAGCGACGAGCAGGCGCAGCGCUCCGCGCGGCACCUCGGGCCGCAUAGCCGCCACAGUGGACAAAUUGUACACUCGGCCCCUAGCAGACAUGCUUACCAGGAGAGCAGCAGCGAGGAGUCAGGCAUGUGGGUGCCCUCCGACGGCGAGGAGGACAUGGAGAACACACCGGUGUUGACCUACCGGUCGAAUGACAUGAACCACAAGAGCCCCACGCCGCGAAACCCUCGCGCCUCGCGCCUCCAGCCAGCCGCCUCUGACCGCAGAUCCUACUUUGAGUUCUAG